AACGCCUCGUCGCUUACGGCUAGGCUCGACCCUCGUAAGGCAUCGGUCGUCCGCAAGCAGCGAUAUCUUGCUCAGACUUCGAAACUGGUGGCUCGGUAUCAUGUCGCUACCACUGGGCGGCUACAGCCCUAUCCCUCCUCCACCUGCGAGCCGCAAGCUCAACGUGCGCGAUGGACCCCUUGUCUGGAUCGACUGCGAAAUGACCGGACUGGAGCCCUCAGACCGCAUCAUUGAGAUCGCGGUCAUCGUCACGGACGGCCAGCUCAAUCCGCUCGAUGAAGGGGUGGCGUACUCGAUUCGCACGCCCAAGCCCGUCCUCGACGCCAUGGGCGAAUGGUGCGUGACCACGCACGGCAACUCCGGCCUGACCGCUGCCUGCCUCAAUCCUUCCAUCUCACGCGACCACGCCGAUGUGCGAGCGGCCAUUCUGGCCUACGUCAUCGACCGUGUGCCAGACAAGAGGGUGGCCUGCUUGGCAGGGAACACUGUGCAUGCCGAUGCUGUCUUCUUGAAGCGGGAAGCGCCGGAGCUGAUUGAGCACCUACACUAUCGUAUCGUGGACGUCUCGUCGAUCAAGGAGAUUGCGAAGCGGUGGUAUGGGGGUGAUACGGUCUGGAGCAAAGGAAAAGCAAGCCAUCGUGCGCUCGAUGAUAUCAGGGAUAGCAUCGCUGAGCUGAAGUACUACAGACAGAAGAUAUUCGUCAAGAAUGUGUAGGAUCGCCGGACGCUCCUGUUGUAGCAUGCUCCAAUUGCCAAGCGUCCGUGGAUGACUAAGCAGUCGUGCAAUAUUUCUGGUCCGUAUCGUCGCUUUCCGUCGCUUCUGCCUGCGUCUCGUUCGGCCAGUGAUUCCUGCAUCUCUAUUCGCUUCAUCAUACAAUGGGCGGCUCUUCGAAGGAUCAUCGUUUCCUCUCUUGCACAGAGACGUCUACUACCGUCAAUCGAAGAUUGAUGGCUAUCGUGCGCGAUCAGCGUACAAACUACUCCAUCUCGAUGAGCAAUUCAACUUCUUUGGCCAGCAAG